AUGUCGUGGGUGACACAGCAAAGAGAAGAGGAUGUUGGAUCGGAAACGGUCCCGUGGGAGAGGUUUGGCAAUAGACGGUCCCGUGGGAGAGGUUGGCAUUCGACGGCCCCGUGGGAGAGGUUGGCAUUCGACGGCCCCGUGGGAGAGGUUGGCAUUCGACGGCCCCGUGGGAGAGGUUUGGCAAUCGACGGUCCCGUGGGAGAGGUUUGGCAAUCGACGGUCCCGUGGGAGAGGUUUGGCAAUCGACGGUCCUGUGGGAGAGGUUGGCAAUCGACGGUCCCGUGGGAGAGGUUUGGCAAUCGACGGUCCCGUGGGAGAGGUUUGGCAAUCGACGGUCCCGUGGGAGAGGUUUGGCAAUCGACGGUCCCGUGGGAGAGGUUGGCAGUCGGCGGUCCCGUGGGAGAGGUUGGCGUUCGACGUUCCCUUGGAAGAGGUUGGCAUUCGACGAUCCCGUGGGAGAGGUUGGCAUUCGACGAUCCCGUGGGAGAGGUUGGCAUUCGACAGUCCCGUGGGAGAGGUUGGCAUUCGACAGUCCCGUGGGAGAGGUUGGCAAUCAACAGUCGUGUGGGAGAGAGCAUUAGACGGUCCCUUGGGAAAGGUUGGCAUUCUACGGUCCCAUGGGAGAGGUUGGCGUUCAACAUUCCCUUGAGAGAGGUUGGGAUUAGACAGUGCUGCGGGAGAGGUUGGCAGUCGGCGGUCUCGUGGGAGAGGUUAGCGUUUGAUGAUUCCGUGGGAGAGGUUGGCAUUCGACAGUCCCAUGGAGAGGUUGGCGUUCAACGUUCCCUUGGAAGAGGUUGGCGUUCGACGCUCCCUUUGAAGAGGUUGGCACUCGACAGUCCUGUGGGAGAGGUUGGCGUUCGACGUUCCCUUGGAAGAGGUUGGUGUUCAACAUUCCCUUGGAAAGAGGUUGGCAUUCGACAGUCCCAUGGAGAGGUUGGCUGUUCCCGUUGAAAAGGCUGGCGGUCGGCUGUUCCCGUUGAAGAGGCUUGCUGGCGGUCAGCUGUUUCCCGUUGGAGAGACUGGUGGUCUUCUGUUCCCAUUGAAGAGGCUGGCAGUUGGCUGUUUCCGUUGGAGAGACUUGUGGUCUUCUGUUCCUGUUGAAGAGGCUGGUGGAUGGCAGUCCCUUUGGAGAGCGAGCCUGGCAACGUUGGCUGGAACGUUCCCGUUGAAGAGGCUGGUGGUCGGCUGUUCCUGUUGAAGAGGCUGGCUGGCGGUCAGCUGUUUCCCGUUGGAGAGACGGGUGGUCUUCUGUUCCUGUUGAAGAGUGGCAGACGAAAGUCCCGUGGGAGGUGGCAACAGUUGAUGGUUCUCAAGGAAGAAGGUGGCAGCUGGGAGUUCUCGUAGGAUAAGGGGGCGGUCAGCAUACCCUUGGGAGAGGCUGUGGAUUGGCAUAUAACCUUAUGAGAGGCUGUGGAUUGGCAUAUACCCUUAGGAGAGGCUGUGGAUCGGCAUAUACCCUUGGGAGAGGCUGUGGAUCGGCAUAUACCCUUGGAAGAGGCUGGGGAUGAGCAUACGCUUAGGAGAGGCUGUGUAUCAGCAUACCCUUGGGAGAGGCUGUGAAUCUGCAAACCCUUGGGAGAGGCUGUAGAUCAGCGUACCCUUGGAUAGGCUGCCGGUCAGUGAUUGUUGUGGGAAAGGCUGCUGGUCAGUAGUUCCCAUGGGAGAGAGCCUG